AAGUGUAAUAUAACUCUAGGAUUGAUAAAUAGACAUUUUAUGAAAUUACCUAAACCCAAUUUUUUAAUCUUAUAUAAAUCCCUUGUCAGGUCAAAGAUAGAGUAUGCUGCUUCGGUGUGGUCUCCCUGGUCUUUGAAAGUUAUAGAAGAUAUUGAACGGGCCACAAGAAUAGUGAAAAAUUGUAUUGGAUUCAAUUAUGAGCAGAGAUUAAGACUCCUCGAUCUUCCCACACUGAGGUAUAGACGAAUCAGA